GCCGAAGAAGAAAAAGAACAUCCGCGUCUGUUCCUGUUCAUACUGUCAAAUGUGAAACUGAAGUUUAGUGAGCCGGAGCAGAGACGGACAGCAGGACUGCGCAGGAAUGUAAACCCGGGCUCCCACAGUCCGGUCCCCAAAGGAAAUGGACGAGAUAAGGCCUUUGUUGGGCAACCAACCACAAGACAGCCCCGAUCUUCUGUCUCCAAACUUGAGGCCAAGACACCGGGAACUGAUCCCGACACCAUGUGGGCCGAUAAAGCCGUGGUCGGAGCUGUCAUGUCUGCUGAAGCUCUAUUUCUGCUUCACGAUAGCGUCUUUGCUGGCGCUGCUCGGCCUCACCCUGAACAGCAUCUACAAGCAGCGCAUGGGAACCGACGCGUCUGACGAGGACAACUUCACCGUGUCUCUCAUCCAGCUGGUGGGAAUCUUGUUCUGCAUCUACUACAUCAGCCGUGGCGUGCUGCAGGAGAACACACAGGAGCUGGUGGUAUUCGUGCUCAGCGUGUUGGUGGUCAUGAUCCGAUCGGUGGUCAACUUCUCCGUGCAGGGGUCAAAGGGCAAGCAGGAGCUGCUGGUUCGUUUUGUGUGCAUGAUGUGUCUGGGCGUGGUGCAUGUCCUCUGCACCUCGCUGCUCAUCCAGAGGCCCAACAUGAUGGCUUUCCGUGUGGGCGGGGCCUUGGAGAGCCUCCAGGAGCAGUACUUCCUGCUCAACCUCUGUUUUUCCAUGGUGACCUUUGACCUGUGGGCUCAGUUGUCUCUGUGUAUCCUGAUCACGACGUCGGACUCGGCCAUGUCUGCUAACAACAGCAUCAUCCUGGGUGUGGGAGUGCUCUGGGCCUGCCUCACCGCCGCUGUAGGGGCAGUUGCAGUUUUGAAGGAAGCCAAGGUCCUGGUCUGGGUUUUCAUGGUGCAGAACCUUCCUCAAGUAGCCUUCUUUGUUUAUCUGAUGUAUACGGUUGUAGAGAAAUGGUUCCACGACAGCUCGUACACCCUGGAGGCUGCUGCCGUCACCGGAGCUUUGAUUUCCCUGGCAAUUAAAGUGGUUUUAUUCUGGGGUCUCAUCAGACUGGUGCACAGCUUCGGCCAAGGCCUGAGGGAGAGGAUGUUUGCACCCAACAAGUGAUAAAAACACAGAGGGAUCGUGAAACCAAGGACACAGCUGCACGCUGAGGGCCGAACAGCUCAGAUUCAUAUUCAGCAUUAACUCCACCAAAUGACAUCAAAAAAGCCUAAUUUGCUGUUUCCUGUUUCCACUUUUAUUUUAUUUAGCUAACAUUUCUUUUGUCGGUGUGCCUGUUGUAUCCACAGGAUGUGAAGAACCACAAAUCAUCUUAAGCAUUUUUUGACUGAAACGAUAUGAAAUGCCUUUGUAGCUUAAAUUCGUAACGGUUUACAAUUGUUCUCUGUGUGUAGUCACCAAAGUAUUUUUUAUGUGGCCAACAACCUCCAUUUAAAAAAUAGUUCUUAUCUUAAAAUAACCUUUCUGCAAAUUAUAUUCAGUCGACUGAUUUUAGUUUUGCUUUUUUAAAUCGUAAUUGUCUGACUUAAAGCUUGUGAUUGUCUAGACUAGACUUUUUUGUCCAACACUGAAAUAUUUUUAUUAAUAUUCUUUUUUACUAAACUUUCCGCUGCACUUUACUGCACUUGCUCAAGUGUUUUUUCAUUCAAGGUUCUUAAUAAAAUAUCAAAACCAGAA